AUGCCGCCUAUUGCCCUGGCCGCCGGCUCUAAAGCUGUCUGUCCGUCCGGAGUCGCCACCGCCUAUUUUAGCUUCAAUCGCCGCCAGAAUACGAUACGCCAUCACUUUCUCCAUUUUGCAAGUUCCAUUCGUACCACUCCACGGACCUCACCACCGUCCUCCGCGACCAAAACUAAAUUCAGCCUGAGGAAGAGAAAUAAGAAGAGAACGAUAUUGUGUGCCCAUCCAACUCAGAAGCUCACAUCUUUUACGGGAGAAGAACUCGAAACAAAGGGAAAAGUCGUUGUUGAAGGUGAAGGAGAGGGAAAAGCAGUUACAGAAAUCAGAGACACCGAGUCAGAAGAAUUUUUAAAGGCCGUGGACUUGUCCGCCGUUUCAUCUCAGAAGCUCACACUUCCGAUUGGAGAAGAACUUGACUCGAUGGGUAACAAUGUUAUUGAAGAUGGUGAAAGGGAGAAGGGGGAUGCAGAACUCAGUGAUACUGAGGCAAAAGAUGCUGUUGAUCCUUUAGCUUUACUUCCCGGGCUGCCAUCAGUGCCUAGCAAGAGCAGCCGAAAAGCAGGAGUCAUCUUCGUUUUGGAGAAGGCAUCACUUGUGCCUGCUUAUGUUGGCAGGACAUAUGAGAUCUUGAACCCAGACAAGCAUGCAGAAUUUUUGAGGAAGAAAAAAUUGAAUCCUUAUGAUUACAGGCCCGAUAUCAUCCAUGAGAUUCUUGUUGAUAUAAUGGGCAGCCGACUUAAUAUGGCUGGUGGGGUUCAAGCUGUCUAUGUUAAAACUGAUCUCGGGCAGCUUAUCAAAAUUGAUCCACAUGUAAAGAUACCUCCAACACUCGGGAAAUUUUGUGCCAUGAUGUGCCAGUUGUUGCAAAAGUUUAGUAUCAAAGCCUCUGGUAAGGGUAAGAAACUGCUGAAGUUGAUUGAGAACCCUUUGGUUCAGCACUUGCCCAUGAACUCCAAAAGAAUAGGGCUUUCCAAAAGUUCACCUAAGGCUGUGAAGUUGCAAGACUAUGUUUGUUCAAUUGACAGUGACGUUACCCCUGUUUUUGUGAUUGGCGCCAUGGCUCACGGGAAAAUUGAGUGUGACUACAUAGAGGACCUCAUAUCAGUUUCUGCACUUCCACUGAGUGCCGGUGUUUGUAUUAGACGCAUUUGCUACGAGUUGGAGAGACGAUGGGGGAUACUAUGA